UGUAGAGCAAGAAGUGUGAUGAGGCGCUAUUUCUGAAAUGCGUGCCCCGGAUGAGAAAAUAUUUUAACUUAUUAGCGUCUUCCAGGCAGUACCGUUUACCGAUAUGCCCAAGGAUUAGUUUUGUGAGCCCCUCAAGGUGGACGUUGUUCUUAUUGGGUUUGAGAAGCACUUCUGCGCAAGUAGAAAAAAAAAAAAAAAGAAAGUUUAACGGAGCACACAUUUUGCGGUCACUGUGCAAGUAGUACGCUUCGAAGACAGGUGGUUUCAUAUUUUCCUGUGAUUUGGCUUUCAUUCUACUGUUAGACAGUGACAACAUAACAGACACCCAAGAGAAAUGGCCAAGCGACGAGCAGAUAAAGAGAUGAACCACGACAAUUGGGAAGAUGAUGAUGAAGAUGAAGAACCAGGGCAGUUUAAGCAAGCUCAUCCGGAAGAAAUGAAGCGGAGAGUUAUUAAAAUUGGGAGACGCAGUGCAACCAAUACUCCAAGCCCAUUUUCAAAGUUAACCUUUGGGGACGUCAAUGGAACUUCAAAUCCUCCCGAAUUCCUGGGCAAGCUCAAGUCCCUGAACGAUUGUCUCGUGCGGUGGAUGAAACAACACAUGGAAAACAGUCCGUACUGUGAUUUUACCCCAGUGUUCAACGACUACCAAAGACACCUGCAAGAACUCAAGCAAAAAUACCAUGCAGCAAAAUCCCCUAAAACAACGGGCUUCAAGUCUCUACCAAAAUUGAGCCUCACAGUUGACAGCGUCCACAACUCUACUGGAACAACAUUGGAGACAGGGGAAGAGGCUUAUGUGCCUCCAAAAAAUGAGUUCACUGCGGUGCAAGAGGAAGGUGCCAUAUACAGUAAAAGGUGCAAGCUCUUCUACAAGAAGGAUAAUGUCUACGUGGACAGGGGAGUUGGAACAUUGUACUUGAAACCUAUGGAUGGGAAACACCAGCUUCUCAUGAGAGCAGACACAAACUUAGGGAACAUAUUACUCAACAUCUUGUUAGUUCCUGCAUUGCCUGUGUCGAGACUAGGAAAUAAUAAUGUGGCUCUCGUGUGUGUCCCCAAUCCUCCCAUCCCAAACUCCGAGGGUCCCACAACUCUUCUGCUACGUGUGAAAACUGCUCAAGACGCCGACCAACUGAGAGAGACCAUCGAUAGAUUGAAAGAAACUUGUGUUUUGCAGAAAUAAAGCCAAAGAAGAGCUUUUAUUUUGGAGAUA